CCAAAAAUACAUUUCUCACAAAGUUCAUUCAGUAUUCGUGACUCUGACAUCACGCAUUCUCAUCAUUGUUUUGUAAGCUUACAGAUUCUGCAGUGAUUUUUAGAUUCCAUGGAAUUAAGAGGGUUAAGACUUUCCUCUCCUUUUCAAUUGAGGCAUCUUUACUGGAUACAGUUUACAAGGUUGGCUUGACAAGUGCAAAGUCCUGUUUUCUGUUUCCAUUGAUGAUAUUAAAUACAUUUAUUCUUGGAACUAAACAUUUACAUGUCUCACAUUUUGUAUCUUGAGCAAGGUCCUCAACCCUCCCUGCUCCUGGGGCACUGUAUCAUAGCUGUCCCUGCACUCUGUCCCCAACCUCCUCAUUUGGGAUAUGUGAAGAAAAGAAUUCCACUGUGCUGCAAUGUAUAUGUGGCGUUAAUAAAGGCUUCUAUGGCCCCAUUCCUUCCUUUUUGUGCGUUCCGUUGUUUUUUUUAUUUCAAUAGUUGCUCUGUCUUUAAUUUGUAUUUGGUGGUUUUGAUUAAAGCUGGUUUACACAAAACCAGUCUAAGAAGAAAAUUGUUUUCUUAGAGAGCGUAAUGCUUGAUUUGCUUUUAUUUAAAGCCUUUGGAAAGUACACGUGAUUUGUGCGUAAAGGCGCAUUACACCAAACACCGCUGGUUAGAACAUCGGGGCAUUGGAAGCUUUGAUUUAGCAGACAGACGAAUCAGUGUAAAGAAAGACGGUUACAUCACGUGUGCGUUACAUUGGAGGGCUCUUGUACCAGGAUGAGGUGGUAAAGUCGCCCAGUUCCUCGACUCACCUUGACGUUCUUUCGAAGAAGUGGCGUUGAGAAGUGUGGUGCUGAAGGACAGCUCCUGUUUUCCACACAAUCGGAGACUAAUCUAGAAAUAUAAAUCAACUUCUCAAGGUUACUCCCAACUCCAGUCUGCGUCUUCACUCCAAAGUGGUCAAGUCAGGGUUUCAUGAUUUUAAUACAUUUCUCGUACAUGAAUUUAGAUUUUAAAAAAUGGUUUAGAAUAAGUAAUGAACGCUAAUUGUUACUUUAAUGGUGUAAACAUGUCGUUCUUGAGCUCAAACGUCAGCAACGUGAACCUGACGCGGAAAGCAGUGGACAAUCAGCCGCCGCGGGAUGAAAGAUUAGCUCGGAUCGAGAUCACGCUGCUCGGUGUUAUCUUCCUGAGCGCUACGGCUCUGAAUCUCGGUCUCUUGCUCGUGCUAGUGAGGAGGCGCGGGUCCAUGUCCCGCAUGCGUGUCUUCGUUUUGCACCUGUGCCUGGCGGAUCUCGCCGUUGCUUUUUUCCAGGUGUGUCCUCAGCUCCUGUGGGACAUCACGGACCGUUUUGUAGGUCCAGAUUUGGUGUGCCGCUUGGUCAAGUACCUACAGGUGGUCGGCAUGUUCGCCUCUGCUUACAUGAUAGUUGUGAUGACACUAGAUCGCUACCAAGCUGUGUGCAACCCCAUGGGCACUCUUCAGAGGAGGAGAGCGCGCUGGAACUUGCCGGUGUGCAUCGUUUGGGCAGUAUCCCUUGUGGGCGCCCUACCGCAGAUUUUUAUUUUCUCCCGCGUACAAAUAGCUCCAGAGGUCUUCGACUGCUGGGCGCAAUUCGUACAACCGUGGGGACUUAAAGCAUACGUGACGUGGACAACUUUGGUCAUAUUUGCGCUGCCGAUCUUGACAGUGAUCGUGUGCCAGGUAUGCAUUUGCCGCGCCGUGAGGGUCAGAUUGCACAUGAACACGCGCCAUGAGGGCUGCACAAAUGCUAGCAGCGUGCUCGGACUCUCCAAGGCGCGCGUAAAGACCGUCAAGAUGACCGUAGUAAUCGUCCUCGUUUACGUGGUUUGCUGGGCGCCUUUCUUCACCGUACAGCUGUGGUCAGUGUGGGACGACGACGCUCCGACUGAAUCUGCAACAUUCACCAUCCUUAUGCUGCUUGCAAGUCUGAAUAGCUGUGCCAACCCCUGCAUCUUCCUUGUCUUCAGUGGCCCAGGACCCAAGCAACUGUUGGCACUGAUGUGUAUGAGCCAGAGCGAAAGUAAAAUGUCUGUGCCUGAGGAUGCCACAGUGUUCAGUACUGUCUACCUAAGCUUAAAGAGUCUCACUUAGAUAAAAUCCUUGGCCUCAUAGCUAUGAAGCUACCUAAGUGUUGUGGUGAUGAAAGAUUGAAUUCAAAUAUUGUUUUCUAUUAGCCACCAAAUUAAUCGAUUGUACACCUUCAGCCUUCAAUCUUACAACAGUUAAGGAUUCAUUGAUUGCCUAAGAAGCAAAAGACUCUUGAUUAUUCACUGAACCUUGAAAGAAUCCUAUUUUCAAUGUCUCAACUGUGCAUUACACUAUCCACUAUCUGCCACACCCCACAUUACUCAUUAUAAGAUACUAUAUAUUAGCCACACCAAUGAUGUAGAUAUACCCUGGAACAUCAAUACUCAUAGCCAGAAUGUAAUUUGUGGUCACAAGUUUGACUGUCAUGGUAAUCGCCCAAAAACAAAUAUCAAUGGACAGCAACAGCACUACAUACAUUUAUUAUGGCAUAUAAUUUUGUUCUAUGUUCUUGGGUUUAAACACAUGUUACUGUGUACUUGAGAAUUAUACAGGUUUAUACAUUUCACUAAGAAAUAUUGGUCAAUAAUUUAACCAGAGUUCAAAAAUCUAUUUUCAUAUAUAAACACCAAUCUUGGAUUUUCUAAAAGUGCUGAUAAUCUAAAUGUUCAUGCUUUUAUUGUACACUUUGCAUCUGUGGUUCUUUUUUAAGUGCCAAUAAAGUGUUUGUGUGUGAAUCAA